UGGGUUAUCGCGCGUUUCCUCUAGGCACCCAGGCCGAGCCCCGGAAGCGCUUGCCAGCUGGUCGAAGGGCCAGGGUUCCCAGCAUAGGUCAGAGGUUGCGGGUCAGACUCCGCCACAGCGGGGCGGCUUAAUUACUAUGUAGCACGCCGUCUGUUUGGGUGCCUGCGCCUUCUGGAAACUUCCUGCGAGAGCGUCGCGGGUUCUUCGACUCCUGCACCCGGCCUCGACGCUGCCGCCUUCUCCAGGCUCCUGGGGAUCUUCUCGUUCUCGCUCCGCGGAGGAGCCUCCACCGCCGCCAUGUUCGGCUGCCUAGUGGCCGGGAGGCUGGUGCAAACAGUUGCACAGCAAGUGGCAGAGGAUAAAUUUGUAUUUGACUUACCUGAUUAUCAAAGUAUCAACCAUGUCGUGGUGUUUAUGCUGGGGACAGUCCCAUUUCCUGAUGGCAUGGGAGGAUCUGUCUACUUUUCAUAUCCUGAUUCAAGUGGAACACCAGUAUGGCAGCUCUUGGGGUUUGUCACGAAUGAGAAACCAAGUGUCAUCUUCAAAAUUUCAGGUCUUAAAUCUGCUCACUCUUCCAACUGCCAAGUCUUUUCAGGGCCUAGUUACGCUUCAGUUGGCCUUGGUAGGCCUAAGUCGGCCUGGUUCACUCUCCAGCCAUACAGAGGGGAAAGCAGCCAGCAUCCUUUUGGAGCCAUGAACAUUAUCCGUACCCCAACUGUUGCACAGAUUGGCAUUUCAGUGGAAUUAUUGGAUAAUUUGGCCCAGCUGACUCCUGUAGGCAGUGCAGCUGUAUCACAAAUUGAUUCAUUCACUCAGUUCACUCAGAAGAUGUUGGACAGCUUCUAUAAUUUUGCUUCAUCAUUUGCUGUGUCUCAGGCCCAGAUGACACCAAGUCCAUCUGAAGUUUUCAUUCCAGCAAAUGUGAUUCUAAAAUGGUAUGAAAACUUUCAAAGGAGACUAACUCAGAACCCUCAUUUUUGGAAAACAUGAUUUAAAUAAAGUACUUUUUAACGGGUUCUGAAGCCUUGUCAUAUUUUGAAGAUAAUAAACCAGUUGCCAUUUAAAAGCAUGAGGAUGUAAGAAUAAUGAACUCUAAAUUGAAAAACUACUUCUUGAUUAUUAAACUUAGUUAAAAUUUUAAGAAUUUAAAUUAAAAACAAUCUAAAAUGUGCAAAAA